AUGGCUAGCGAGCCGGCGUCUGAGCGUGCUGCGAACGCCGACUUUAGCGAGCAAUAUUUGACCGAGCUAUCGUCUUUCAACACCAACUUCCGUGGCUUCCAAUCUGUCCUCGCUGCGCUAGCUGCGGACAAGGGACUAGCCAACUACAACAAGAAUGAUCAGCUCGAGACCUUGCUGAAGGCCACCGUCAAUGCUGUGAAGGACAUCCUGGGCGAUACCUACGAAGCGAUCGAGAGCAUUCCAGGGAUUGGACCCCUCCUAGGUCCCACCGUCUAUGACAUCAAGUGUAUCAUUGACGAAGUCCUCGAUGCCACGGAGAAUCUGACCGAUGCAAUUAUCAACGACUUGGUACCACUGCUUCGCGAUCUCCUCGGUCAAGCCACCUCUACGGCAUGCGAAGCCGGUGUCGAGAUUGUUGGCCUGUGCCUACCGCUAUGA